AUGUCCGUUCGAUAUAAAUUUACCACUAUAGAUCCUGCGAUUUGCCCACCUCUACUUACUUUUUUAUUUUUGAAAACAUCAAAACGUCAUUUAUGUAUUCCAAAAUGUCACAAUCCAAAUAUAGGUGAUACAACUGAAGUUGAUGGCGGAGGCGCUUGUUUUCGUAUAUUGAUUCAAGGAAUGAUAUCCAAAGGUUUAAAAGUUCGUCUUCAGUUUCAUUUUUGGAUUUCAUAUAAGAG